CGCAGUGCUCUCUCACCGCAGUGUCGACGCAGCUAGCCACAGCAGCUAUGUUUACAUCUCAGACUUCAUCUUUUCAGGAGUCUCUCGACGUAGAAGAUAAAGAUGCAGACUUCGACAGCGAAGACCUGGCAGCAUACGGACAGAAAACACAGCAGACGAGCUGUUAUUAUGCUGUAUAUUAUUCCCAAAGCUCGAGAUGUGAAUCAUCUGAGGAGAGUGAAUCAUGGAGUCAGAAGAGAGCCGACUCCACUACGAGUCAGGAGGACUUUAGUCUAACUCUAUUGGACAGCAGCCUGCCAUCGGAGGCGGAGCCUGAGCUGCGAAGCUACAUCUCACGAAGGCUUAGUAAAGGAGCCCUUCUAGGUGGCAUGGGCAAUAUUGCUACGGUGGAGCUGAGCCUUCCUGAGCAGGCCGUGGGGUGUUACUGCUGCUUCCUGGAGCAGGAGAAAUCUCCAGAACAACCUGAGGCGAACGGUAACGGCUGGGUGGUGUGUCUCCUCGGAGGCUCAGAGAAAGGCCUCAACUUGUUCAGAAUCGAGCUGGAUAAAUACAUGCAGGGUCUCCAGAGCAGCCUGACACCAGAAAUGCAGAACCUGGAGUCGGAGGUCCGACCCUAUCUGAGCCGCUGGUACGAGGAGUCCGUCAUGCACGUCCACCGAGUGGUGCAGCUGGUGCAAGGCAACAUCGCCUUCUUGCUUCAUGCUGCUUUGAGUCACACUAACGUUGAGGUGAUCGGAGCUGACGAGAGGACAAAAACAGACGUGUCGAGGUUUAUUAAAGCGGCGAGUCUUCAGGGUCUGGUGCAGGAGGAACCAAACACCACUUCACUGUGUAAAGCCAUUUCUGAGGCCUCAAACUCGGCCCUGCUGAUCGACUGCUCCAGCGGAGAGACGACCUUCACCAACGCAGUCACUAACCGGUUCUGUGACGAGUGGAUCCAGGCGUUUGUGAAUGCAGCUGAGCGUUUUAACCCGUUCAUCCUGCGACAGAUCCUGGAGAACUUCAAGCUGAAGGCCAUCCAGGACAUGAACAACCUGAAGCGUUUUAUCCGUCAGGCAGAAAUGAGCCACUACGCUCUGUUCCGCUGCUGUCUGUUCCUUCAGAGCUGCGGAAACGGAGACGUGCUGCUGCAGAACGCUCGAGCUGAACACAGCGGCUUUCCUGAAGCCUGCAGCAUCAUCCGUGUGCUGGAGGAGUUCCUCAGUGAGCAGGCUGUGAUCCCUGAGCAGUAACACUGAUGACUUACUACUGAGAACAUCAGUGUCCAACAUCUGUGUACAUUUCACUUUCCUCUCAGUCUGUGAUCGGGAGCUCGACCUGUGUUGCUCUGGGCUCAGGCUCAUGGUGCAGUGAUGCUACAUGGCCUGCAGGGGGCAGAACGGACACGAGAUGAAAUUCCCACGGUUUGUGUUGCUGACCGUGAAUAUAAGUUUUCUGUGUUGUGAAUCCAAUCAAAGGAAUGUUACUUAAAAAACUGUAUUGUUUAUGUAGUCUUCACACAACUGACAUCUAAUCACAUCAACAUCUAAUCACACACAUGUCUAAUCACAUCAACAUCUAAUCACAUCAACAUCUAAUCACACACAUGUCUAAUCACAUCAACAUCUAAUCACAUCAACAUCUAAUCACAUCAACAUCUAAUCACAUCAACAUCUAAUCACACACAUGUCUAAUCACAUCAACAUCUAAUCACAUCAACAUCUAAUCACAUCAACAUCUAAUCACAUCAACAUCUAAUCACACACAUGUCUAAUCACAUCAACAUCUAAUCACAUCAACAUCUAAUCACAUCAACAUCUAAUCACACACAUGUCUAAUCACAUCAACAUCUAAUCACAUCAACAUCUAAUCACACAUCAACAUCUAAUCACAUCAACAUCUAAUCACACAUCAACAUCUAAUCACACACACAUCUGAUCACACAACUGACAUCUAAUCACACACACACCUGAUCACACAACCGACAUCUAAUCACACAGUAACAUCCAUCUUCGAUCAUAUCUUCACUUGUAACACUAAUAAAAUAAAUAUCUAUAAGCUAACACUAGGGGGCAGAUAAUUGUUCAUCAUUGUGUGUAUUGUGACUGUUUUAUUGUGAAUUUUAUCAUCUUCUUCUUCAUCAUCAUCAUCAUCGUCACUGCACAGUAUAAUGAAUUUAACCUCAUCUCUACCAGUGACCUGAAAUGUUUCUAUUUUUUUGCAUUAAAUAAGUUUUUGUUCACUGA